UACGACGCUUCGUUACAUCAAUAGUUGGUUAUUAAGUUAAUUUUGAGUGAGACUUGUUCGGAUUCGUAGAACAGUACAGCAGUCGUGAGUCAAUCAGUGAAGAGGACGGUUUUAAGGUCUCGUUCUUAUAAGGAAUUUAUGCUUUGAAAAAAUGGAAAUAGAAGGUAGAAUCGUUCGUAAGCGGACUUUUCGAAGCUUUCUGCAACGCAUACCACAGCGUCUAUCAGAAGUGGUCGAACAUUUUUUCUAUGGGCUUGGACUGCGAAUUGCUCGAAGACCGUUGAAAUGGAUAAUUGGAAGUGCUGUGAUAGUAUUAAUUUCCCUUUCUGGUCUUUAUUUUUUUCAUCAAGAGAAAAAUCCUAUAAGAUUAUGGGUUCCGCAGGAUUCGGAAUUUGUUCGUGAUACAGAAUGGAUGUUUGAAAAAUUUGAUCAGAGUUUGAGAUUAGAAAAUAUGAUAUUAACAGCGGACAAUAUAUUAGAACCAGAAAUACUUGCAAAGCUAAAUGAAAUAACAAAGCAAAUUAUUUCUAUACAAACUCCUGAUCAAAUUGCAUGGACAGAUAUAUGUUUCAAAGUACCUGUCAUAUCGGGUAUUGCACAUAGAAAAAAACGCAGUGAUCAAUCUGAUGAUUUUUUUGAAAUUGAACCAGAAGUAUUAAUUAAUAAAACAAUAUUUGAACCUGCAGUUCAUGCUAAUCCUGAACUCUAUUGUAAUAUAGUUAAUAAUCUACCGAAAGCUUGCCUAUUAAAUAGUAUUUUGGAUAUAUGGGAAUAUGACACUAAUGUGAUACUUCAUAAAUCUAAAGAAGAAAUUAUUAAGGAUAUAAAUAAAGUAAAAAUUAGCCCCACUUUGGGCCAUCCACUAAAUUUUACAGAAUUGUUGGGUGGUAUAAUAAAAGAUGAAAAUGAUAGAAUUAUUUCAGCCACAGCUGUAAAAACACAAUGGGCAAUUAUUGUAAACUUUUCAGAAGUGGAUAUGCAUGACUUUGGCAAUGAUGUUGGAACAGCUGAUUGGGCAACAAAAGAUAUAUUACAAUGGGAAUUAUCCUAUUUGAAUGUAUUGCAUAGAAAUGCAAAGUUGUUGAAUAAUGAAAAAAAUGUAAACAAUACAUUAGCUAUCUGGUACGAAGCUGGAAGAAGCUUCGGUGAUGUUACGUUUGUAACGAUGUUUGGAAAUAUUGGUAUAUUAUCAAUAGGAUUCUUUUUGAUGUUUUUUUAUGUUCUAGUCAUAUCUUCGGAAUAUAAUUGGGUAGGAUGUAGGGUUUACCUGACAAUUGUCGGUCUUUUGUGCGUGGGUGGUGCUUUUAUAGUUUCAAUUAGUGUAUGUUCUCUUCUUGGUAUUUCAUAUGGGCCUGUACACACUUCUUUACCUUUUUUAUUAUUGGCUCUCGGAGUAGACGAUAAUUUUUUAAUAAUGGCAUCUUGGAAAGAAGUACACGCACAAAAGUUGAAUCGAAAUAAGCCAUUAGAAAAAAGAAUAGCAUUAAUGUUAGGACAUGCUGGUUCUGCGAUUAUUAUUACUUCUCUUACUGACGUUGUUGCCUUUAUUAUUGGUGCAUCUACAAUAUUGCCAUCUCUUCAAUCAUAUUGUAUUUAUGCAGCGUUUGGAGUACUAUUAACGUUUUUAUUUCAAAUUACGUUUUACGUUGCUUUUUUCUCCAUUGAUGCUCGGCGAAUCGAGAAUAAAAGAAAUUCGAUAUUUCCUUGCAUUGUUCAUGAAAAUUUUACACAGAAAUUUAUCAAUCCACAAGAAGAAUUUUCUACCAAGUUGAUAAAUAAAAUAUAUUCAAACAUAAUUUUAACGAAACCUGGAAAGAUAACGAUAGUAUUAAUAACAAUAGUUACAGCAUCGGUUGGAAUUGUCGGUAUAUUACAAUUGCAACAAUGGUUCGAUCCAACAUGGUUUAUACCAAACCAUUCAUAUUUAAGCAAAUAUAUCAAUGUACAUCGUGCUGAAUAUCCUGAUCGAGGUUACGAAUCAAUGAUUCUCAUGGGAGAUUUUAACUACAGUGCCGAGUUUCCAAAGUUAAUAAAUCUAUCGGAAAAAUUUGCAAAUUUAUCAACAAUACAAAGUAUAAAUGCAUGGCCUAUUGAUUUUACAAAAUUUGUUUUAGAAUAUUUUCAAAAAGAUUUAAGAAACGUAAUACUGGAGGAUACAGAAUUUCAAAAUUAUUUAUCCAAGUUCUUAUUUAGCCGAAAUGGAGGCAAAUAUCAACGGAACUUUCGUUUUAAAAAGAGUUUAACAUGUGGUCAAAAUACCGCACCUAUUACAGUAGCCACUAUAGAUUUUAUCUUUAAACGAUUUUAUGGUCCCCAUCAGUGGAUUCCAGCAAUGGAUGAAAGUAAACAGGUGGCACGUGAAGUUGGAAUCAAUGGUUUUGUUACAGUCUGGAGCGAAAUUUUCAGUUUGUGGGUCACGGACAAAUUGAUCGCCCAAGAAGUUCAACGCAAUGUUUUGUUAGCUUUAAUUUGUGUUAUGGGAAUGACAGGGUUGUUGAUUGCUGAGUUACAAACGUGCUUUUGGAUCUUUUUAAGCGUACUCCUCACACUUUUGAAUGUUUGUGGAUUUAUGUAUUUCUGGAAUUUAACAAUAGAUAUUGUAUCUUGCAUUGGUUUGGAAUUGGGCAUAGGAUUGUGCGUGGAUUAUGCUGCUCACGUUGCACAUGCAUUUAUAAACGCUGCAUGUAUAGAUGGAAGUGAAGAUCGUACUAAAAGAGCGCAUAUCGCAGUAAGAUAUAUUGGUGCAGCAGUUGCAUAUGGAGCUGGUUCAACAUUACUUGCGCUUUCUAUGAUGGCAUUCUCAGAAAGUUAUGUUUUCCAUGCGUUUUUGAAAAUUUUCGUUUUAGUAAUAUUAUUUGGCCUUUGGCAUGGAUUAUUUCUUUUGCCCGUUAUAUUAAGUACUAUUGGUCCACGAAGUCUACGAUCACACAAAACUCCAGAAUCUCUUGAGAAAAUGGAAGAUACAGAUGAUACUGUCAUCCAUCCUUUAAAUAAAGAAUUAAAUACAGAGAGUUAAACAAAAUGUCGAAAAUGAUUCUUUAUCAAUAAUAUUUAUUUUUGGUUCAAUAAACAUACAAAAUUAUUACACUAUCCGUACUAUUAAUCACACAUUUAUACAAAAAUAAUAAUAAUAAAGAUCGGAUAACUUAAAAACGGCAUUAUUUAUAUAUAUAUUUUUUUUAUCUAAUAUAUUAAGAUUAAAAAAACAAGUACAAAAUAAUGUAGCAAGGUUGAUAUAGAUUUAUUAAUAAUAAUUAUUGAUCGGAAAGGAACAUGACUAUUAUAAACGUAACGUAAUUGUGUUUGCUGGAUGCAUUAUCUUUUUUUUUUUUUUUGUUUUAUAUGUUUAAUCAUAAUUAAUGUUUAUGACGUAAAAAUGAGCGGCGAGGGAGCGACCCUGGAUUGAUUGGCAAGCUCCCUCCGCUGCCUCUCUCAGUCUUGCACAGUCCACAAACACUCAUGCAAAUCUUUCAUUCGAAUAAUCUGACAUUCAUCAAUCUUCUUUAUUUGUCAUCUCCCUAUGUAUCAUGACCUCGUUCCCUCCUUUUGUCGAGGCCAUGUUUGACAUUAAUUUAAACUCACCUCUCGAGCAGAGACAAGACAAACAAGAAGACUCAAAUAUAUGCUCAUACGUACACGAUCAUCCUUCGACAGAGGCAUUCGAUUUGAGGCGUACGUUCUCUCUUCAGAUACGAUUCAGCACACACGGUAGUAGACUGCCGGGGCAGCAAGCCACGCACGAACGAUACGGCGAUACACAUCUCCUUAGUUCGAAUUUUACAAAUCGGGAUCGUACAUUCCAUAAUUAAUGAGGAACCAUCGAUACAAUAAUAAUAUUUACUUAGCAAAACGUGCCGAUCGGUAGUGUGACGAAGGACGCGUGAUGUGUGAGCACAGUAAACGCGUUAUGAAAAAGGGAGGGGAAUUUGAUGAUAAUAACGAUGAUAUUGGUGGUGGAAGGGGUGAUAACUUGGCGCAGGAGGACGUUGGUAGAAGGGAGAGGCGGGAUCUCCUUCGUUUCUGGAAUAACCGGGGAAGAAGGAGGUUGAUUGAACGUUUCAUGGAAAUUGCACGUCUGCUUGCCAGGAGUUUCAAGGUACACGCACUUUAUAGGGAUACACCAUGGGAAAGACACUCAGGGCAGACACUGACAUAGAGACUAGGCUACCGACUAUAUGUAUAUCUUAUCUAAAUGUGUAACUA